UGGGCGUGUCUGAAACUCCGGUAGUAUAAAUUAUUUUGCCCCGUGAGAUAUUCUGAAGUAGUCAAGACACCUGUCAAGAUUUUCAAGGCUAGCCUGUACAACGAUCGCUGUGCUUGGACUGCUUGGAUAUAAAACAAAGUAGCCUAUAGAAUGAAUAAUUAUUUUUGCAACGACACAGACGGAACGAAUCAAGUCUGAUUCUGCGCAUGAAAACCAAACAGAUGCGCCUUUAAAAAGAUUCCCUCUUUUUGUCAUUUCUGUUGUUAAGAACCUUGAUAAACCACCAACAGUUAUAUUGCGUUUUCAUACAUAUCGUUUAUUUUUCGCUUUCGGACGCAGUGGGUUGAUGCUUUUCCAUCAAUUUGUUAACGGAGGUCUGGAGACAAUGCAUCCGACAAUCCAGAAAGACACUACUUUCACAAAGAUUUUUGUGGGUGGUUUACCUUAUCACACCAACGAUGCAUCCCUUCGAAAAUACUUCGAGACAUUCGGGGAUAUUGACGAGGCUGUAGUAAUAACGGACAGACAAACUGGGAAAUCCCGAGGAUACGGCUUUGUGACUAUGAUGGACAGGAGGGCUGCAGAGCAGGCAUGUAAAGAGCCCAACCCCAUAAUUGAUGGUAGAAAGGCUAAUGUCAAUCUGGCCUACCUAGGAGCCAAGCCUCGCAGCCCACAGACUGGGUUCUCCAUGGGUGUGCAGCAGGUUCACCCCGCCCUGAUCCAGAGGCAGUAUGGAUUGUUCCAGCAGUAUGUCUACCCGCAGGCCUUCCUCCAUCCCAGCCUGGGGCUCCAGUCCCACCUCGGUCCAUCUCAGGCUUCCUCGUAUCUGGACUACAGCCCUGCCCCCUUCCCCUCCACAGGCCUGGAGCACUACCCCUACACCCUGUCCCCCUCGCCCUCCGCCAGCUACCUCAGCUACGCCUACUCCCCUGCAGCAGCAGGCCCCUGCGUGUCUGCCAGCCCGCCCGCCCUGCCCUCCGCCAUCCAGCCCUGCUUCAACCCCCUGGCGGGCCUCUCCGCCCCCGCUGCUGCCUACCUCCAAUACCCCCUCCACCAGCCCUAACCCCAGACCCAGCACAUGCGGUGACAGUGGCUCAGAAGGAGAUGGUGCGGGCCAAGGAGACGGAUGGGGGGACGGGGGGACGGCGGGGCACCGGUGACAACGACACCUGUAGGAACCAGGACGAGGCUCCCAACAGCCCGAGUGAGGGAGGGGGCGGGGUCUGUCGCGCAAUGGGUCAGCUGAAAAACGCAGAGGCUGUCGGGGUCAAUAUGCAUUGUUGUUGUUGUACGGUACCGGUCAAACGGUUGGACACUUAAAUGGGUAACUGGGUCCAGACUUUUGACUGGUUCUUUGGGUGGUACUCUUUUACCGUUUAAAUGAAUAUUUUUAGUUGACAACGGAAGACGAUGCUCUCCCACCAUCUGCCAAACGUGGUGGAGUCAGUGGAACUCGAGAAUACUGGGAGGGGCGAAUAAACAAUUUAGGAACCUACCUAGAACCACAUUUGGCUAGAACAAAAGCUUCCACUACUCCUUAUCCAUACAGAACAGCCACCUUGUACACCAUGCCCGGCAUUGCUGAAAGCCCAGCGGAUGGGGCUGGAUGGGAGAAGCUGUGUCGGAAAGCAGUUACAUUUGACUCUUUCUAAACAUUUCACCAGGGAGGUGAGGGAGGGUCAUUAUCCUCUAGUGGAUGUUCUUCAGGAAUACCUUUCUUUCUGUGGCCUUAUAACCUCUCUGUACCUUCUAGCCUGUUGCUAUGUACAAGACUCUUACCUCCAAUGGAAAAUGUCGAUACACUCCCUAUGUCUCUGUCUGUCUCAUUUGUCACUUCGCUCUCUUUCCAUUUUCCUUGUCCUCUAUGACAGCAAGUCAAUUAUUGCAGAUUAAUCAGAAUUUCAAUGAAUAUGCAAUUAUUGUUAUUAUGGAUGAAUAUUUAUAAGGUAGACAACACUGUAACAUAGGCUUUUUAUAUAAUUGUUACUCUAAGAUAUGCAUGUCAAGGCAGAUCUUUGGAAGGAAGGUAUUUCCAUAUUCAUGUGUACUACAAUUAGACCUACAGCAGCUGGGCUGGCUAACUAUCUCAGCAUGGUUUAAAGUGAGCACAGGCAAAACAAACUAGAUAACAAAAUGAGGAUUUUCUGUUGGCAUUGAAAUAAUAAUGCAACGUUUUAACCAAGAGUUGUGUGUGUGUGUGUCAGUGAGUGUGUGUAUGUAUGUGCAUUUGAAAAGGUUGAGUGUGCUAUACAAGUAUUCCAUGUGUGUGUGUCAGUGAGUGUGUCUGUCAGUGAGUGUGUAUGUGAGUGUGUGUCAGUGAGUGUGUGGGUGUGUGUGACGGUGUGUGUGACGGUGUGUGUCGGUGUGUGUAUUAGUGGGUGUGUGGGUGUGUGUGUGUCAGUGAGUGUGUGUGUCAGUGAGUGUGUGUAUGUAUGUGCAUUUGAAAAGGUUGAGUGUGCUAUACAAGUAUUCCAUGUGUGUCUGUCAGUGAGUGUGUAUGUGAGUGUGUGUCAGUGAGUGUGUCUGUCAGUGAGUGUGUAUGUGUGUGUGUGUCGGUGUGU